AUGAGGAAGCUUUGUCCAAAUAUUGAUAAAGAAGAUGGCCUCGAGACCGUUCUUGAGGUCCCCAUACCAGAAGAGAUGUUCACGAGUAUGGGAAGCAAUGUGCAAUUGCGAUGGCAAAACAUGUUAACGUGGAUGAAGGCUCAAACUUCUGACAAAUGGUCUGCGCCGGUCAUCGCCGGACGCUUAAACGAGCUGCGCUUUUUGCUUUACCUUGUUGGCUCUCCUCUCAUCCCUCUUCAAGUUCAAUUGGGACAUUCUGUACAUCGUCCAGUUAGAGAUUCUUCCAUUCAAGCUUCAACAGCCAAAUACAUCGUGCAACAGUACACAGCCGCAACGGGAGGGCAACCAGCACUGAACUCGGUGAAGAGCAUGUGUGUGACCGGCGAGGUUAAGAUCAGUGCAUCGGAUUUUCACCAAGGGGACGUGAGCGUUGAGGUGAAAAGGAGAUCAGACGAGAGGGGUGGUUUCGUGCUGUGGCAAAAGAAUCCGGACUUGUGGUGCUUAGAGCUUGUUGUGUCUGGCUGCAAGGUCAUCUGUGGAAGCAAUGGCAAGCUUUCAUGGAGGCAUUCCUCUAACCAACAAGCACCCGUCUCUCAAGGCCCUCCUAGACCCUUGCGUCGCUUUCUGCAGGGUUUGGAUCCAAGGGCCACGGCCAAUCUAUUCGCAGAUGCAAUGUGCAUUGGUGAGAAGAUCAUCCACGACGAUGAUUGCUUCAUUCUGAAGCUUGAAACAAAUCCAGCAAUUCGUGAGGCACAGAGUGGUCCAAAUUAUGAGAUAAUUCACCACACAAUAUGGGGAUAUUUUAGCCAGCGAUCGGGUCUACUGGUGAAAUUUGAGGACUCGAGGCUGCUUAGCAUGAAGAACAAAGGGGACGACACGGAUGUGUUUUGGGAGACAAGCACCGAGUCGGUGAUACAAGAUUACAAGUACGUGGACGGCGUCAACAUUGCUCACAGUGGGAGGACUAGGGUUAAGGUGUUCAGAUAUGGUGAGCAGUCUGCAAACCACAAGAGGGAGAUGGAGGAAACGUGGAAGAUUGAUGAGGUGGAUUUUAAUAUAUGGGGUUUGACAAUGGAGAGCUUUCUGCCCCCUGCUGAAAUGAAACAAGGAUAUAGUUGAUUUGAUUGAGAACUUUUUUUUGAAAUUUAUAAGGAGAUAGCUGAAAGAAAGAAAAUUAUGUAAAUAUUAGUGAGUGUGGAAGUGAUACACAUGUAUGGCAAGUGAUGAAAAGAUUUCGUAACAGCAAUUUUGUUAAGCUGCAUAAUUGAAUUGAAAUUUUGUAUGUACGUAAUUUUUUAAGAGGCGUUUUGAUAUAAGCGCCUCAUUUUUUAAUUUUUUAGACUAAACAUACACUCUUUUUGAAAAUUUGAUCAAACAUUUUUCU